AUGAAGCAAAUUGUCUGUAACUGUGGGAACCUGUCGUUGGCAAUGCUGAUCGGCCUGUUGAUGCUGAGCACAAUGGAGAGGUUGCCAUUUGCAGAUGCUCAGUCUCCAGUUUACUGUUGUCUUUCAUAUUCAUCAAAACCUUUACCUUUGAAAGUUAUCAGAGGCUAUGUUUGGAAGUAUUCAAAUGAACUCUGCAGUAUAGAUGCUGUCAUAUUUUACACAAAGAGACGCCUAAGUAUAUGUGCAAACGCUGAAGAUAAGUGGGUGAAAAAUAUAAUCAGCGGCUUUCUGACGUAA